UUUCCGUCCUCCUCCUCCUCCUCUCCUCCCUAUUUAAUUCCAGCCUUCGCCCAAAGUCCAGCAGGGGUCUCCCCCUCCGCCCCAUGCCUCAUCGCCGCCGCCGGCGAUGGGCGACGUCCCGCUCCCAGUCCUCCGCGACAUCGACAUGACCCCUCGCCGCCGCCGCGAGCCCUCUGAGCCCCGCAGCGACAGCGAUUGGGACGCCGGAUCCAGCCGCGAGGGCUCCCCCGACCUCCUUCGACGCGCCGCACCCGCACCCGCACCCGCGCGCCGCUACCGCGACCCCGCCGCUCAGAUCUCGCGCGCCGCCGACGCCGGCUCCUGGCUGGGCGAGAUCGAGCGCGACCGCGUCCGACUCGUCCGGGAGUGGGUCCACAUGGCCGCCCGCGACCGCGACGACGACACCGGUCCCCCGCCUUCCCCCGUUGACCACGCGCGCAGGGACGUCCCCCGGAUCCGCGGCCGCCAGGCGCGCCUCGAGCUCGUCAUGCGCAUGGCCGCCGACCGCCACGCCGAGCUACAGCGCCUCUCCCUGCACCGCGCCGUCUCCGACUUCUCCCACCGCAACCGCAUCCACGCGCUGCUCCGGGGGAGGUUUCUGCGGAACGGCGGCUUGCCACAGGAGAGGAGGCCGCCGUCCGUUGCCGCAAGGGAGCUCGGCCAGCUGCGGCAACGUCAUCCUGUCUCUGGUUUGAGAGAAGAGUUCCGCUUCAGAUUGGAGAACCUUGUCCGGGGUCAAGCAGUUAGCCAAUCGGAUGCUUCUUCAGCUCACAAUGUUGAACUGUCUUCAAAUGAUCAUUCUGAAUCAAGCCCAACUACUUCUGAAGAUACUCAGGAGAGACAUCAACAAGCAAGUGAGAAUAUCGAGCUCCAGCAAAUUGAAGGUACAGAAACAGCAUCAGGAUUUGAAAGUAACAUCCCUAGCAUUGCUGAAGGCUUGUAUGGACCUCAUAGUCAAUCAGGAAGUUGGCAGGAAGAUUUGGAACAGAAUAGAAGAGAUUGGCAACAGUUUUCCCAUAUUGUGAUUGGAGAGGAAUCUGAAAGAAAUUGGCCUGAAAAUGCAGAUAACGGCUCAUCUCGUGAGGGGACAGACAUUGGUGAUGGCCAAGAUGAUCGUCUUCCAGAAGUACAUGAAGAGUCAACCAGUGAUGAUAAUCUUCCUGAAGCGCAUGGAGUGUUAACCAGUGAUGAUAAUGUUCCUGGAACACACGUAGAGCAGCAUGAUGGUAAUCAGCUUCCUGCCGUGCUUGAGGAGCUGCAUGACAAUAAUCACCUUCAGGAAUCACAUGGAAGGUGGAGUGGAAACAAUCUUCCUAUAGAAGCAUACGAAGAGUGGCACAGUGAUGAUCAUCUCCCUGAUGUAAAUGAAGAGUGGCAUGAGGAUGACGAGUCUAAUGAUACUGCAGAUAAUUGGCAUGAUAAUAAUUCUGAUCAACCAAUUGACCAUGAUCCUGCUCUUAUUAGAAGAGCUAAUACGUUCGUCCCUGGAGAUGAUGAUAAUGUGUACAGCACAGAACUGAGGGAACUUCUAAGCAGAAGGAGCGUUUCUAAUCUUCUUCACAGUGCUUUUCGUGAAAAUUUAGACCAACUUAUCCGGUCAUAUGUUGAACGGCAGGGUCAUGGCCCUCUCACUUGGGAUCCAGAAGAAACAACUCCUGCCCCUAACUCACCAGAACAAAGUCGGGAGCAGCAAAGAGAUGAUGAAGACCAGGAACUGCAUCGUACCGUGGAUAGGCCACCUUUAGUGAUACCACCUCCACCUAUCCCUCCUCGUCAACCACUUUGGCAUUCAGAAUUGCAUCGUAAUAAUUGGAUCAGACAGAACAUUCAUCGUUCUUCUUCAGAUAUUGAAUGGGAGGCUAUUAAUGAUUUAAGGGCUGAUAUGGCUAGACUUCAGCAAGGGAUGAGUCAUAUGCAAAGGAUGUUGGAAGCUUGCAUGGAUAUGCAGCUAGAGCUACAGCGUUCUGUAAGGCAGGAAGUUUCCGCGGCCUUGAAUCGUUUCAUUGGGGAGCAAGGGGAAAGUAAAGAAAUUAUUGACGAUGGUUCAAAAUGGAUUAAUGUGAGAAAAGGGACCUGUUGUAUAUGCUGUGAAACUCCAAUCGACUCCCUUCUGUACAGAUGCGGGCACAUGUGCACAUGCUCAAAAUGCGCGAAUGAACUGGUUCGGGGUGGAGGCAAAUGCCCGCUGUGCCGAGCGCCCAUAAUUGAGGUGAUCCGAGCAUACUUCAUCAUAAUGCUACCAACUGGAGAAGUUCCAUCUGGCUCGAGGCCACCGGAGACGUACCCGGGUUUGGGCCGUUUGCUCCUAGAGGCGCCGCCGCCGCCGCCUACAGUCGAUGGCAAGACGGACAACUCUACUGCAGGACCAAAGAGAAAGGCAAACGAAGUUCAAAGUGUUAGCUCGAGUGUACAUCUUGGUGUGUUAGCAUCAUCUACAACACCUGCAGUUGAGAGGGUUUCUAUUGGCACCGAUGGCAGUGGCACACAUACACAGGAGCAGGGUGAUGAUGUAGCUCCAAAUUCUAAUGUUGUUAUUGUUGAUGAUAGAGCAGAAUCUCAGACAACUACAAAGCGGCUGAAGAAGUGCACAUCUGAUGUCUGGCAGUACUUUACCAAGAAAACAGAUAUAGUAGAGGUGAAUGGGAAGAAGUAUGAGCAGUGCUGGGGAUAUUGCAACUUUCCAAAUUGCAAGUCCAAAUAUAGGGCUGAGAGCUAUCAUGGAACAUCCGGAUUUCGGAAUCAUUUGAAGUCAGCUCAUAGUAUAGUAAAAGGGCAGCAACAACUCAAAGUGGAAAAGGAUCAUGGAAAAGACAUUACUGUUGUUGAGCCUUACAGGUAUGAUCAGGAAGCUAGUCUUAAGAAAUUGUAUUUGGCAAUAAUCAUGCAUGAGUAUCCUUUCAAUAUAGUUGAGCAUGAUUACUUUGUUGAGUUUAUUAAAUCAUUGCGCCCUAAUUUUCCAAUCAAGUCUCGUGUUACUGCUAGAAAGGAAAUCAUGGACAUAUAUUUGGAAGAAAAGGAUAAAUUGUAUGCACAAUUUAAAAAUGUUCAUUGCCGCUUUAGUGCAACCAUGGACAUGUGGACAUCAUGUCAAAACAAAUCAUACAUGUGUGUCACCAUUCAUUGGAUAGAUGAUGAUUGGCAUAUUCAGAAGAGAAUUGCGGGUUUCUUUCAUGUAGAAGGACGACAUACUGGUAAGAAGUUGGCACAGACCUUCUCUGAACUUAUGGUCAAGUGGUACAUUGAGAAGAAAUUGUUUGCAUUAACUUUGGACAAUGCUAGUGCAAAUGAAGUGGCAGUUAACGACAUAAUUACUGAUCUCAAAGAUGUUCAUGCUUCUUUAAUUAAAGCACUUGUACUAGCUGUAAAGGGCUCUCCGUUGCAGUGGGAGGAACUCAUAAAGUGUGCCACUGAGUGUGGAUUGGAUACAACAAAGGGUCUCUCACUUGAUGUUUCAACUAGGUGGAAUUCAACCUAUUUGAUGCUGAGGGAUGCCUUGUACUACAAGCCUGCUUUUGUGAGGCUUAAGUCCUCGGAUCGCCGUAGGUACGAGAAAAUUUCUCCAUCUUCUGAUGAAUGGAAUAUGGCUAUAACUAUUUUUCAGUGCUUGAUGAAAUUCUAUGAUCUUACUGAACUUCUCUCUGGUACUUUAUAUCCAACUGCAAAUAUGUUUUAUAAAGGAUUCUGUGAGAUAAAAGAAUUGCUUGGUAAAUGGAAAGUUAGUGAAAGUUUUAUUAUUAGUGAAAUGGCAACUGCUAUGGAUACAAAGUUUGAGAAAUAUUGGAACAAGUCUAGUACUGCUCUUGCAGUGGCAUGCUUUCUUGAUUCUAGGUACAAGAAAAAGCUUGUAGAAUUUUACAUGAGAAAGUUCUAUGGUGGUUUGUAUCAAGUUCACCUUGAAGAGUUUGUUAGUCUUGUAAAGAAGGUGUAUCAAUUUUAUGCUAGUUCUGCACCUAUAUCUUCAAAGGCAAAGAGUAAUGUGAAUGAACCUACAAACCCAGUAGAUGAGCUCAUGGGAAAUAGAAAUGAUGAACUAGAAAGCUUCUUAUAUGAUGAUUGUGGCCCUGAUAGAGAUGGCAUAAGUGAGUUGGAGAAAUACAUGGCAGAGCCACUUUUGAAGCAGAGCCAAUUUGAUAUUUUAGCAUAUUGGAAGAACCAUACAGAAGAUUACCCUAUUCUUUCACAAAUUGCCCGUGAUAUGAUGGCCAUACAAGUGUCAACGGUUGCUUCAGAGUCUGCCUUUAGUGCUGGUGGCCGUGUCAUUGAUCCUUAUCGCAGCCGUCUUGAUCCUGAGAUGGUACAAGCAUUAAUUUGCACCAAAGAUUGGGUAGCUGCAAGAAGAAAAGAUUCCAAGAAUUUUUCUUCCAUUGUGGAUGAUCUCGAGGUUCUAGAGACCAUUUCCAAUAAACUGAUGCAUGAGAUGUUUGACACGAGGAAGCAAAACAAGGCAAGCGAGGAAACACCCCCCCGAGCGAUUCCCCCGGCAGGCAUGGCGGCGGCCCAGCCCUCUCCGGCGGCGACGGCCAGCGGCUCCGUGUCCUCAUCUACUUCCGACGACGACGACUCCUCUCAGUGCAGUGAGGCAAGCGCGUGGGAACCCCAAGUCUUAUGCAGGCAUGCAGAAUGUCUCGAGUUAGAGGAGUUGACAUCAAUCUCAGUCGAUCCUAGCCUUCUUCCAACUCUCAAUGAUUUACUUCUGGAGGUGUAUGCCAUUCUGCGCCCCAAGCCAGCUGACUAUGAGCAACGGAGGACCUUGGUUGAUGUCUUCAAGGAGAUGACAAAUCAAAUAUUUGGUAACAACUACGGGUUUCCAGUCGUGGAAGCAUUUGGAUCAUUCACCAUGGAUUUAUUUACUCCUCGUAGUGACCUGGACCUCUCUGUCAAUUUUAGUGCUAAUACUGAGGAUCAAUGUAAUCGCAAGAAAAAGAUUUCCGUUAUUAGGAAAUUUGCCAAAGUUCUAUAUUCUCAUCAGAGGGAUGGAAUUUGCUGUGGAGUUUUACCUAUUGUAAGUGCUAGGGUGCCUAUUCUGAAGGUUAUUGAUCGUGGUACUGGGGUUGAGUGUGAUAUUUCGGUUGAAAACAAAGAUGGCAUGACAAGGUCAAUGAUAUUCAAAUUUGUUUCUUCACUUGAUGAAAGGUUUCAGAUACUAAGUUACUUGGUGAAGUUCUGGGCUAAGGUACAUGACCUGAAUAGCCCAAGAGAACUAACAAUGAGCUCGAUGUCAAUUAUUUCAUUAGUUGCUUUCCAUUUGCAGGAUGUAUGCUCAGUUAGAGGAGAUGGCAGAAAUCCUUUUGCUGCACUUUCCCACUGUCUAUUUUUUGGCCGAUGGAGUUGGAUGUUCAACUUCAUGCUACUGCACGCUGCAUACCUGAAACUGGAUUUUGGGCCAUUCAACUGUCUUAUAGUGGGUAUUUUGAGUAGUUGCUCAUUAGAUGCAUGGACCCGGCAUCCUCCAAUAUUACCUGCGUUCUCUGCCUUUUUGAAAGAUGGUUUAGAUUGUGCAAGUGUUGAGAGGAACAUCUUGCUGUUUAAGGGAUUUGGAAGCAGAAAUAAAGAAUCUGUCGCUGAACUGUUUGUAUCUUUGAUUAGUAAACUACUAUCAGCAGAGAGUUUAUGGGAGCAUGGACUCUGCGCUAGCAAUUUUGAAGCAUCAUGGAUUUCUAAGUUCUGGAAGAAAGGAGUUGGUAAUUUAAGUGUUGAGGAUUUCUUGGACCGGUCACAAAAUUUCGCAAGGUCUGUAGGGAAAGUGCAGAUGCAGAAGAUUUGCAAAUGCCUUAGAGGUUGUGCUUUAAAUUUGUUUGAUUUCAUGAGGGGUAAAAUAGACACAUCAAAGCUGAAGUCCCUCUUGUUUGGGCAACUUAACCCAAAUGAGCUAGUCAGCAAACCUCGCAUCAAUCGUGCCGAGAGAAAACGGCAGCUGAAAUUUAGCACGGGGUGCAGAUCUGGGCUCCAAAAGAGAGCAAAGCAUGCUGUACACCAUGUGGAACCACACUCACAUGCUAAUGCUAAACCUGCUACUGGUUUACCCAUUCCUGCUCCUGCUAAAGUCAUGCCUCCCAUUCUAUAUGAACACCCCACUCUAUCUAGUACUCAGAUUGUGCAUAUUCCGUGGCCUCGUAUUAUCCCCUCUGGUUUUGGCUAUGGGCUAUCACUUCAGCUGCCAGUUUCUCCUCACAUUGGCAAGGGAAUACUGGGGCCGCCCCCAAGUAAUUUAAUUCCCUUGAAUAAUGGGAUUCAACAACUGCAGCAACGUCAAUUUCCAAUGCCAUACCGACAAAUCUGUCGGUAAUUUGUUCCACUCAUAUAAUGGAGCUCAGCAGCUCCGGCACAAUGGAAAUAGGAUUUUGCAGAGUACACCUCCGAACUUCAGUAGACUACAGCUGCGGCCUAGAAAUGCAGCUUGGCGGUUGCUAGCAGAUUUUUGUGCUAAAGUUUCAGAUGCAAGAGUUAUGUACCAAAGGUGUAAUAAAUUGACAGGAAACUGUAACGAUGGACACCAUUGUCAUCUGGGCUAUGUGAGCUGAUCUUAGGCUAAAGUAUGUUUUGCUGAAAUCUUUUGGAACCUAUAUGUCGCAAGCUAUCCUGGCUGGUGGUUUGCUCAAGUAUCGCAUCUGGUCUUGGCACCUUCUUAAAGAUGCAAGGGCUGAGCUUAGCUGUUAGGAAUUCACUUGGAAAAGGAAAACCUGUGACAAGGUUGUACAACAGUAUAAGCAUUACUUCUUUUAGGUUGUUAUCAUAAAGGCCAGAGGUCCAUUGGGUUA